UUUCAGGUGUAUAUAAAUUGAAUAGGCAGUUGAACGAGCAUCCAAUGUAACAUCAGCAUCAGACAUGAAGUACUUCUUUACUCUUACAAUUUUGGUCAGUCUUUACUGUAUCGCAGAAGGUGCUAAUAAGACAUGUAUGGCAUGCAAAUCGAGCUCAUCGAGUAGCGAUUGCCAAAAAGGAACAGCUACAGACACUUGUCAAGGAAAAUAUUGCUAUGCAUACGUAUACCUGGAAAAAUACAAAACUUUCUUAGGAUCAACUAACACGAAACGCUUUUGGAUCAGAGGUUGCACAGCAGACAGGGAGUUCUGUGAUACGGGCUCACACAUUGGUUGUGUCCUUUGCAAAGGGAAGGAUAAAUGCAAUAGCAAACCACUUACUAAAUAUGCAACUAACACUUAGGCUCAGGAAAACGAAGAUAUGGCUGAUGAUUUUUCAAUAAAUUAAUGCGUUAU